AUGCGCGUGGCGAACUGCCCGAGUCAGGAACUGGCGCUGACGAACUGCGCGUUCGUGAACGAUGCCGACGUCGAGGCGUGCGCGCCGUACGUGGAGAUUGGCGAUUGCGUGUUUUUGACGCGCGCGAGCGCGGAGGUGGCGCCGGGGGCGGUGGGACUCAACGGCGUGCAGCGAAAACAGCUGCGAGUGAGCACCGGAGACGCGGUGAAGUGGCGAAAGUACGAACCGCCGAGCCGAGAGUUCGAUUGCGCGGGAAUGACGAUCGAGUUGGAGUUCACGCGACCGGCGUUAGCGGCGAGUUUGAUCGCGAAGAACGCGCACGAGGGCGUGGACGCGAAUUCGAUGACGACGAUUUUGCGUAGGACAUUUAGCUCGCAGGUGUUCACCGUGGGACAAAAGGCGGCGGUUGAGUACUGUGGGAAUAAUUAUUUGCUUAGUGUGAAUCACGUCGUCGUGGAGGGGGCGAGGGAAGGCGUGACAUCGCUGCGAGGGAUGUUUACGCCGUCGACGGCCGUCGUGUACGAGGCGUCGUCCAAUAGCGGUAUAAAAAUUUUAGGUCAAAAAGCGGCGGUGAUGAACACAGGGUUGUUCAAGAGUAAAGAUUUUAGUUUUUCCAAGCUCGGAAUCGGGGGUCUGGAUCAACAAUUCGAGGACAUCUUUCGACGAGCGUUUUCGUCGAGAAUUUUCCCGCAGAGCGUAGUGCAACGCCUCGGGAUCCAACACGUCAAAGGUAUGCUCCUUCACGGUCCCCCGGGUACGGGCAAAACUCUGAUCGCGAGGCAAAUCGGGAAAAUGUUGAACGGCAAAGAGCCGAAAAUCGUGAACGGGCCGGAGGUAAUGUCCAAGUACGUCGGACAAUCGGAAGAAAACGUUCGUAAGUUGUUUGAAGACGCCGAAGCCGAGUACAAAGCGCGCGGAGACGAUAGUGAUUUGCACAUCAUAAUCUUCGACGAGAUCGAUGCGGUGUGUAAAUCUCGUGGAAGUGUUUCGAGUGGCACAGGCGUGCACGACUCCAUAGUCAACCAGUUGCUUACGAAGAUUGACGGCGUCGACGCGUUGAACAACAUCUUGCUCAUCGGUAUGACGAAUAGAAAGGAUAUGUUGGACGAGGCAAUCUUGCGCCCCGGUCGCUUAGAGGUGCACAUCGAAAUCGGUUUGCCCGAUGAGAACGGACGGAUACAGAUCUUGAACAUUCACUCGAAUAAGAUGAGUGAAAAUGAGUUUCUCGGCGGCGACGUCGACUUGGCGGAAUUGGCCAAGCGCACGGGCAACUUUAGCGGAGCUGAGAUUGAAGGCUUGGUGAAAUCCGCGGUGUCGUUCGCGCUGACGAGGCAAGUGGAUAUGAAUGAUAUCGGUGCACCGAUUGACGAAGAUAAUAUCAAAGUCACGAUGGCAGAUUUCGAGCUCGCGCUGCUCGAGGUCAAACCAGCGUUUGGGGCGUCGACGGAUCUAUUCGAACGGUGCAUGUUGAAUGGAAUGAUUUCGUACGGAGAAAAGUACGAAAAGCUCGUCUCGACCAUGGAGUCACUCAUCGAGCAAGUCAGGGUGUCGGAGAAGACUCCCAUGCUGACGUGCUUGCUCGAAGGUGGCGCCGGGAGUGGAAAAACGGCGCUCGCAGCCGCGCUCGCGAUCAAGUCGCAGUUCCCGUUCACCAAGCUCUUGACCUCAGACGGUUUCGUCGGUGCCUCCGAAGCGGCGAAGUGUCAAGCUCUCGCAAAAUUGUUCGAUGAUGCCUACAAGUCGCCGGUCUCGUUGAUCGUAUUGGACGAUAUCGAGCGCUUGCUCGAGUACGUCGCCAUCGGCCCGCGCUUUAGCAACGUCGUCUUGCAGGCGCUCUUGGUGUUGCUCAAACGUCAACCCCCACCCGGACGAAAGCUGUUGGUGAUCGGUACGACGUCGUUACCACUCGUUUUCGAGGACAUGGGUCUCAACGCCGCCUUCAACGUCUCCUUACACGUUCCCGAGUUGAGCCCUAGCGAAACCUCCGCCGUGCUCGCCGAGCUCGGCGCCUUUGACGCCGUCGAUCUUCCGCGGGCGUGUCAAGCGCUCCAAGCCCUCACGGGCGACCGCGUGCCGAUUAAGCGAUUAUUCAUGCUUCUCGAGAUGGCGCGUCACGGCAAAGACGAUCUCGGCGAUUCCAUGGACGUCGGCGACGGCCGUCGCGUCGUCGCCCUCGACCGCUGGGUCGCCUGUCUUCGCGAUCUCGCGCAGUGAGCGCGUCGCGCUCGCGCGCGCCGCGCGUCGCGCGCGUCGUCGCCGCGUCGCGCGCGUCUUAGAUCUACUACUUCGUAUAUAUCACAAUCAAAUCUCGCUCUUCGUCACCGCGCGCGUCGCCUCUCGCCUCGCCGCUCGAUCACCCAUCAAUCGCCCCGUCCUCCGCGCUCGCUCACUUCUUCGCCGACGACCGCCCGAACAGCCCGGUGAAUCCGUUGACGACGAUCCCGUACGUCAAUCCCGCGGUCACCGCGCCGACGCGCAGGAACGCGGCGAGCGAGCUCGUCCCCGAGUACGGCCCACCC